UUCCUCGGAUACUUUUCUUUUUCAUCUAAUUUUCUCAUUUUUUCUCCCUUUUUAAAUAUUUUAUUACCAAUACUAGUGCAUGCUCAACUAGUUGAGCGAACAAGGGUUUCUUUGCAUUAUUUGUGUUUUCACUCGCAGAUUUUAAAAAAAAUAAAAAUAAAAUGCAAUACCAAAACACAAAUGCGAGGCGAAGAUCAUCAUCAUCGGAGUCAUUGGAGAGGGUGGCUAGGUUGGCAUCAGCAAGUUCAGUGGUGAUUUUUAGCUUGAGCACGUGUUGCAUGUGCCAUGCAGUGAAGAUGUUAUUUUGUGAGUUGGGAGUGAGCCCAACGGUUUACGAGUUGGACCAAGACCCUAAUGGACAAGGGAUGGAGAGAGCACUCUCUAAACUUCUUGGAAAUUCAUCUGUUGUUCCGGUAGUGUACGUAGGUGGAGAACUAAUCGGAUCGAUGGAUAGAGUCAUGGCUUCUCAUAUUAAUGGCACUCUUGUCCCACUUCUCAGGGAAGCUGGAGCUCUCUGGCUUUAAUUCGAAUUUUAUUUCUUUUCCUAUGGUGAUUGUUCCGGGCCACUUUGAAGAUAUUCCGUUCGUUAGUCUGUUUAAAAAAAGAAUAAUUUUUUUUUUAAUCUUUCAAAACUGUUUAACUCUUAAAUAACUUUCUAUUUUGCUCUUACAAUUGACAAGCUUUUACAGCAAUAGAAAUGCAAUGACAUGUUUAAGACUACGAAUGUCAAGACACUUCUAAUAUGUCGUGUCAAAAAAUUUUCUUUCUUAAAUUUCGUGUUUAGUAAAAUACGACAGUAUAAGAAGAAACCGAGAGCAAAGGAUGUUCAGAUUUGUUUUUAGCUGGCUAGCUGCUACUGGAUGAUGGAUGAAUUCAUCCAAUUUCUGUAUUUUGUUUGUUUAAUGAGCUUUAUAUCAGUAGCUAGCACUAGUUAAUUAGGUGAAGUUAGAAAUAUCUGUUAAGUUA